GUUUUCAUUUUAAACAUUAUCAAUAUGUUUAAAUGUAUACAGUGCUCAUCUGAAUUUUCACGUAAAGACAAUUUGGUUGCCCACCAAAAGAAACACAAUGGUGUACGUUUUUCAUGCUCUAUAUGUGUUAAAACAUUCAAUGACAAGUCUCACUGUAAUAGACAUAUAAAAAACGUUCACGGCAUUGCUGAUGCCCAACCUACUCAACAAAAUCAAAAUGUUCAACCAACUCAAUCAAAAUGUGAUGGAAAAGCGAUUACAUCACAAAUCAUCGCUUCAAACACUCCAACGGUUGCAUUAACCAACAGUCAAACUACACAAAAUAUGGGUUCAUCAAAUGAAGCAUCCAACGAUUUAUACAAUAACGAUGGUGACAAUCGUACAAUAAUCAUGGACGAACUUGAGAACACCGACUUGGCUGAUACUAUACAAGAUUUAUAUACAACCACAACUAAUGGCAAACGCAUUUCCACCGCUAAUUCUACUUCGGCCGCUAAGGCGAAUAAAGCACGCAUGAACCUAGUUCAGUCUCCAGGCUUCGUAGAAAUCUCAUCUUCAGCAAAUCGAAAAAAUUAUGUGGUAUUACAGCAAAAAUACUAA